UCUUCCUCUCGGAAUACGAACAGGAGAAAAGUCUCUCCCUGUUUUCCCAUGCACUCUCAAAACACCACCACCAUAACCUCCUCCCAAAGCCUCUGAGUCGCGACCUUCGCCUCUCGAUCCCCCACCAAUCCUCAGAAACCAUGGGAAAUUCACUCGCCUGCUUCUCCCCCAAGAUCGCAGCAAAAUCCUCCGGCUCCGCCAGCCCAGCCCGUCGCGACGCUUCGCCUCCCCGAGCCUCGCCGUAUCCGUCGUCAACCGCCAGAAGAGCCACCUCGUCGUUGUCCGGCUCGGCCUCGACCAAAAAGAGCAAGAAGAAGGUGGAGACGGCCGGGGCGGGCGUGCUCUACGACGACGCUCUGAUUCGCGAGCAGGCGAUCGCGGCGGUCAUGCUCCUGAAGCAGUACCAGAGCGGCGGCGACGAGAAAGACGAUUCCCUUCGCUUGUUCAGUCGGUCCACGAGCACUUCGGCUCUCUUCCCUUCUGUGUCCGGGAAGAGUGGUGUCAAGCAGAGCGUCGCCAGGAGCUCCACCUCUCGGAGGCGGUCGGGCAGCGACUUUCCUCUCCCGCCGCUGCAGCAAAUCCUGGCUGAUGAGGGUUUGGAGGCUGAUGGUGUGGAAACCAACCAUUUUGUUCUUGUUCAUGGGGGAGGAUAUGGCGCAUGGUGCUGGUACAAAACGAUUACACUUCUACGCCAAGGAGGAUUUAAGGUGGAUGCAGUUGACUUAAUGGGUUCGGGAAUUCAAUCAACUGAUACGAACAACAUUAACAGCAUGGCAGAAUACGCGAAACCAUUGAUCAACAUAAUUGACAAGUUAGGAGAUGGAGAGAAGGUGAUCUUGGUGGGACAUGAUUUUGGUGGUGCUUGCGUCUCAUAUCUGAUGGAGUUGUAUCCUCAUAAGAUAGCAAAAGCUGUUUUUCUUGCAGCAGCAAUGUUGAAGAAUGGCCAAAGCGUCCUUGAUAUGUUCUCUGUACAGCAGGAAGUUCCAAGUGAUCUGAUGCAACAAGCACAGAUAUUCUUUUAUGGAAAUGGAAAGAAUCAACCUCCUACUGCUAUCGAUCUGGACAAAGCAUUGUUGGAAGACUUGUUAUUCAAUCAAAGUCCUGCAAAGGAUGUUGCAUUAGCCUCUGUGUCGAUGAGGCCAAUACCUUUUGCACCGAUCCUGGAAAAACUCAAUUUGUCGGAUGCAAACUAUGGAUCUAUUCGUCGAUUCUACAUAGAAACCCAGGAAGAUCAUGCUAUACCUGCUUCCUUGCAGGAGGCCAUGACAAAGUCUAAUCCUCCUGAAAAGAUUUUUCAUCUCAAAGGCUCUGAUCAUUCUCCAUUUUUCUCAAAGCCCCAAGCCCUGCACAGGUUCCUGACAGAUAUCUCAAAAAUUUCCUGAAAGCAAAUCCCAAAUUAUCUGGUUACACAAGAAGUCUUCAUCCGUGGAUGACUAAAACAGUUCGAUGGAUGAAGGAGCUUUUCAUUGGCCAAAGAAGAGCUUUUGGUGCAAUUAUUUGGGUUUUGGUUAACCUACUAGCUUCCACGCAUCGCAUCCGCAUUCGCAUCCGCAUCGCAUCGCAUCACAUCACAUGCUGCGGUUCCAUAGUCUUAGGUGUAACGUGGUGAAAUGUGGCAUCUUCAGUUCUCCCUGAAUGGUUUGAUUGUACGUUAGCAUUUUGUAAAAACUGAAAAUGGCCAAAGCUCCAAGACUUGAUCAGUUUCUCCUGAAUUGGAUCCUCAGCAUGUCUGCAAGUGCUUCUAGUCCUA